UUCUCUUUGCUUGUCGCCGAGCGCCUUGAGAAAGAAAAAAAAAGUGAAUUCCAAAGGUCGUGUUUUUUAUUCUGUUAUAUAGAUGUGAAAAAGAUAUGUUUACAAAUGUAAAUAUGGCGAGAACCCCGUAUCCCAGUACGUUUCUCUCAAUAGCCUGUAGAUGGCAACACAGUAACAGCCAAAUUAAAGCGGGACGUAGUAGGCUACUGACUGCGUCUAUUGCAAAAGGAGCAAAGGAGGUGGGAUUUCCACGGCGGCCUUCCUGAUUUUCUGGAGGGGUGCUCAGUAGGGAUGCAGCAUCAUGCACCUGUUUCAUCGUCUAUUUAGGUCAUCUGGCGCGAAUAUGUUUAAUUUUAGCCGUUGACAAUAUUAUAAUCUGAACUAUAAUCUAAUUUUACAUAGAUUCGAGACUUGUUGUUCAAAUAAAAUUACAGCAGGAUACACAAUGUGGUGAUUUUGCCGGGGUUGUGUAGCUGCGGCGUGAUACAGCAUCUUUGCGAGUGACACAUCAUAAUCAUCAUCAUCACCAUCAUCAUCGCUAGGGAAAGAAAACAUCAGCUCCAAAGGACCCAAUGGCAGACAAAAGUGACCUGAAAGCCGAGUUGGAGCGCAAAAAACAGCGCUUGGCACAGAUAAGGGAGGAGAAGAAGAGGAAGGAGGAAGAGAGAAAGAAGAAAGAGGUAAGGAAGAAAAAAACAGAGACGCAGCAGAAAGCUGAAGUAGCGCCAGUGGAUUCGGACUUGGAUCGAAAGCGUAGGGAGACGGAGGCUCUCCUGCAGAGCAUUGGCAUCUCUCCAGAACCGCCACUAGUCCAUCCUCUACAGCCUUUAAUGUUGGAUACGUGUUAUUUUCAUUAUUUAGUCCCGAACCCCAUGUCCCCCUCCAAAUCAGUGAGCCGACUCAGCACCCCGAGUGAGACUGGAAGUCAGGACUCGAAUGACGGAGCCACCGUUGGCAGGUCAGGGUUGUCUGCUGUUAGUAGGCAUCAUGCUCAGACUGACAGGACCCUGCAAUGGGACACUGACCCGUCUGUUCUGCAGCUGCAGUCUGACUCUGAGCUGGGGCGUAAGAUGCAGAGACUGGGGGCGACCAAGAUUACACAGGUUGACUUCCUACCCAGAGAGGUGGUGUUGUACUGCAAAGAAACUCAGACGCCUAUAACUGGAACAGCCCAUCUGUCCGAAGAGGAGGAAGAGGACGAUGAAGAGAUCAUAGAUUUGGAGCCGGCUCUGGAGUCUGACCAGCAGGAGGAAGUGGACAACAAAGAGACCAGAGAGGGCUACCCUGGCAGGGAGCUGACAGAGGAGGAGAAGCAGCAGAUCCUGAAGUCGGAGGAGUUCCUCAGCUUCUUCGACUGCAGCAUCAGGGUGAUGGAGAGAGCCCUGGCCGAGCAGUCAGACAUCUUCUUCGACUACAGCGGACGAGACCUCGAGGACAAGGACGGGGAGUUGCAAGGCGGGUCCAGUCUGUCCCUUAGUAGACUGUUUUACGACGAGCACUGGUCCAAACAUCGAGUCAUCACCUGUCUGGACUGGUCCCCUCAGUAUCCUGAGCUGUUGGUAGCAUCCUACAACAACAACGAGGAUGCCCCCCAUGAGCCAGACGGAGUGGCUCUGGUCUGGAACAUGAAGUUUAAGAAGAACACGCCGGAAUACGUCUUCCACUGUCAGUCUCCGGUUGUGGCGGUGGGCUUCGCCCGGUUCCAUCCGAACUUGGUGGUGGGCGGGACCUACUCAGGCCAGAUCGUCCUGUGGGACAACCGAAGCCACCGCAGGACCCCAGUGCAGAGGACACCCCUAUCAGCUGCAGCUCACACCCAUCCAGUGUACUGUGUGAACGUGGUGGGAACCCAGAAUGCCAACAACUUGAUCACCGUGUCCACAGACGGCAGAAUGUGCUCCUGGAGUCUUGACAUGCUCUCUCAGCCACAGGAGAGCAUGGAGCUGGUAUACAACAAGUCCAAGCCAGUGGCCGUGACAGGAAUGGCCUUCCCCACUGGAGACGUUAACAAUUAUGUAGUGGGCAGUGAGGAGGGAACCGUGUACACUGCAUCUCGACAUGGAAGCAAGGCCGGGAUCUGUGAGAUGUUUGAGGGCCACCAGGGGCCUGUGACGGGCCUCAGCUGCCACAACGCUGUGGGUCCCGUAGACUUUUCCCACCUGUUCGUCACCUCGUCGUUCGACUGGACUGUCAAACUGUGGAGCACCAAGCACAAUAAACCCCUCUACUCCUUUGAGGACAACGCGGACUACAUCUAUGAUGUCAUGUGGUCCCCUGUGCACCCGGCUCUGUUUGCAGCCGUGGACGGGAUGGGACGCCUGGAUCUGUGGAACCUGAACAGUGACACAGAGGUCCCCACGGCCAGUGUGACAGUCGAGGGAGCCAGCGCCCUGAACCGUGUGCGCUGGGCGUCGGGGGGCAAGGAGGUUGCCGUGGGAGACUCAGAGGGCCGUCUGUGGAUCUACGACGCCGGAGAGCUGGCGGUGCCCCACAGCGAGGACUGGGCACGCUUUGCCCGUACCCUGAUGGAGAUCAAGGCCAAUCGGGGCGACGCCGAGGAGGAGGGGCUUGUGGAACUGACCCCAUAGGACAAGAUGGAUCACCCACCUGGGGAGCCUUUGUGUUUCUGUAGCCAUGUAUCACAGACACAGAUUGGCUAGUCUUGGACCAAAACAAAGAAACCUCGAUGGAGAAUCUUGAUGGAGCUACAUUUUCCUAGUCCAGGAGUAGGCUUAAUCUGUGUCCGCGAAUACAGCCGGAUGACUUCACAUUACUCUUUACUUGCCUCCAAUGGGAUCACCAUCCCGAGCUUAAGACGGCAGUAAUUUCUCACACACUUGGUUUAGCAGCAGUUAAAUGCUUAGAGUCUCUGGCCUCACAUCUGUCUGUUUGUGUUUAACCUGUUACCGUUGCUCAGAGACAUUCAUUGGUAGUAUCUGGUCAGGUUUUAGAAGUCCCCAUGUUGGCGUUUUUCCAUCUUCACAUGUCAGUAAUGUAACAAUGUGACAGUGCUCCUGAAAUCCCUGUGAAAUGAUUGCCCACAAGCAAAACAGAGCCAGUCGAAUUAACAAUAUAGCCUUUGUUUUUGUGUAUUUGGGAUAAUGUGCAUUCAAGUCUAGACUUUAUAGUCUUGUCAACAAAUAUGAAUAUCUGCUUUCACUGGACAUCAUGUUUUGUUUUUUUUAACCAUCAGAGAUAAACAGCACAACCCUGAAUAAUCUGUUAGCAACUGCUACGACUGCUAAGAUUGGCUGUUACAGAAGUUUCAGACACCUGGGUCAAAACACCUCUGGUUUUCCGUGUCUCCUUCUAACAAGAUACAUUUAGGUCUGGGACACCAUAUAACUAGCAGGUGGAACCUAAAACCAGCAAUGUUUUGUCCAUCCUAAACCGGACAGGCCUAUACCAGAUUAUGUGUGUGUAUAUAUAUAUAUCAAUCUCUAUAUUUAUGACUGCUGUACAAUGUGCAUCCUGGCGAUGCCAGGUGCAGUAUCUAUUUGCAUUGUUGUUUUGAGGGAGGAUUUCAGAUUUUGUCAUUUGUUAUUGUUACUGUGUGUUGAUAAUAUGAGACUAACUCCAGAGCUUCUGGCUUAUUUUGGUUGUUUGUUUAUUCAUAUGUGGUCAGUCUUACAGUGUAAGUAACCUUAAUAUUGGACUGGUAUGUCCUGCCAUAGUUUCCCUAUGAAGCUAGUAAUGCUAACCUUGUUAGCCAGGGCCAUAGUGACAUCUCCAUUGUCAUUUUACAGGAAGGUCAUGUAUCAAGUGCUAUUGUUUUUGUGCUCUCCUCUGUAUCCAACUCGCUCCAUGCACGCGACAUAUAUAGGCUCCUACAGCUUUGUAGACAUGUUAUAAUAUGUUGUGGAUGUCUAUAACAGAUUCAGUGUUCUAAGGAUAUCAUGUCUUUGAGGGUGACCGCACUUAUUAAUAGCUAUAGACUUGAGCAACAAAUUCUGUUUCAGCAUUUUACUGUUAAGUGCUUCAGUAGUCAGUUAUCAGAUGUACUUUAGUGAAUAAAAUAAAAAUAUAUUGUCAUCUAAAAUGUCAGGGCUCGCUGUCAAUUGUGAUAUGUUUGCCAAUAAAUGAUGGCUGAAAAACUGAA